CUCACAUGUGACCUCGUCGGUAGUGCUGACCUAGCUCUAUGAAAACUGGGGCUGGUGGUGGAGUGUGGCCAGCCUUUAAAUUAAUCAAAAAUACAGGUCCUCUCUGCUGUCAGAUAAACGGGCCACUACCACUAAGAUGAGCACCAUGUUCGCAGACACUAUCCUAAUCGUGUUCAUCUCUGUUUGUACGGCGCUGUUAGCCGAAGGGAUUACUUGGGUUUUAGUGUACCGCACUGAGAAGUACAAGAGGUUAAAGGCAGAAGUGGAAAAACAAAGCAAAAAACUUGAAAAGAAAAAGGAAACCAUCACCGAAUCAGCCGGACGCCAACAGAAGAAGAAGAUUGAGAGGCAAGAAGAGAAACUGAAGAACAACAACAGAGACCUGUCUAUGGUGCGCAUGAAAUCCAUGUUCGCCAUUGGCUUCUGCUUCACAGCUUUGAUGGGCAUGUUCAACUCAAUCUUUGAUGGAAGGGUUGUGGCCAAACUGCCGUUCGUACCGCUGUCCUACAUCCAGGGACUGUCACACCGCAACCUGCUGGGCGAGGAUUACACUGACUGCUCCUUCAUUUUCCUCUAUAUCCUCUGCACCAUGUCCAUAAGACAGAAUAUCCAGAAAAUGCUCGGCCUCGCUCCCUCCAGAGCUGCGACGAAACAGGCUGGUGGCUUCCUGGGACCACCUCCCCAGGCGGCUAAGUUUUCCUAAUGAGCAGCGCUCCUCUUAAACUCCUUCAGCCUACGGAUGUGGCGCCCCCAUCAGCGCGCAGUCAGAAGUGCUCCUGCUGAAGCGCUAGUCUUACAUAUUGCAGCUACUUUCUUUUUCUGUGGUUUAUUUAAGGUUGUGUCGGUUAGAUAUUAGGAGCAGAGAAGUUGUUUGUAAUUCUGUUCAUCACCAAAGGUUACAAAUGUCUACCUUGUGUUUAGCACAAACAAUAGAGUGUUUGGAGAUUUUUAAUUAUUAAUUGGUCACACUAACAUCUGGUCCAUUUUCAGUAAUGAUGUGUCCUUGUAUCUUACAUAAUAAUAAAGUUUUAUUAUUACAUUUUA